UUCUACACCCACAAAAAAUAUGAAGUGUGGUAACGAGUAACGACAAAUGCAGCAUUGGAUUAUUUCUCUCACACUAGAACUAGAUGCUAACGAGCUAUUCUUAGGUGCUAUUUGCUAAGUGCCAACCACCACAAAGGGCAACCAUGGAAGCUGCAUUAUACACUCCAUUUGCUCUUUCACCCAACCAAGUAUUCAAUGCGGCGAAUUAUGGAGAUAAAAAUUUUCCUUUGAAAUAUAGCAGAGAUCGGAGUGUUGUAAUGGCAGUGGCAACCCCUGGAAUAUUAGGGAAAGGUGGUGGGUUGUUGGAGAGGCCAACCAUAGAGACAACAUCUCCUGGUCGGGAAUCUGAAUUUGAUUUAAGGAAAUCGCGAAAAAUGGCACCGCCUUAUCGAGUGUUGCUGCACAAUGAUGACUACAACAAGAGGGAAUAUGUGGUGAAAGUGCUGAUGAAGGUGAUACCAGGAAUGACACUUGAUAAUGCAGUUAACAUAAUGCAGGAGGCACAUUGUAAUGGACUUGCAGUGGUGAUCAUUUGUACUCAAGUGGAUGCUGAAGAUCACUGCAUGCAGUUAAGAGGAAAUGGCCUUUUAAGUUCAAUUGAGCCUGUUGAUGGUGGGUGUUGAUAGACAGAAAGAUCAUUGACAUGAGAUUUGGUCUAAUAGUUUCAUUGGUAUGAUCAUAUAUAACAUAUCAUAUCAUACAUUGUCCAUAUACUGUCCACCUUUCCAACCAUUAAAGAUAGUUGUAUAGAAAAUUAAUGAGGGGGCAAAGGAAAGGGAUAGUGCUAGUUACUAUACAUACACAGGACAUAAAUUGCUACAAUCGGUAGCAUUACUUGGAUUCAACAUUUAAUAACUUAUACUAUCAUUAGUCCCUGCAUGGCCACCCUUCAUUUAAGCAAGGCUCUUGUAUAAGCAAGAAUCAGAACAUAGCCUAUAAAAUGGUUGUCUCUGAUAGGAAUAAUAAAUGUUUGUAUUUUGGACUAAGAUCAGUGGUUGAGGGACUAGGAUUAAGCAAAUAAAAAAGUGAGAAAUUUUUAUUAAAAAAUAAAGUAUCUAUUACAUUGAGAAUAAAAAGGUAUAAUAAAUAUUAUUUUUUAAUAUAAAUCAUUGUUUUUAAAUG